AUGACGAUUAAACGUAUUGAGCCUCAUGGCGAAUGGACGUCUGAAAUCACUAUAGAAACACUAACACAGGCCCUCCGAGAACCCAGCUCUGCAAGAGCAUGUCCAAGAACUGGGAGAGCCUACUUUCGUGAGACAGCUGCUGGGCGUUCAACCAUCAUCCAAGUCAACAAGGACAACAGCGUCAAGGACGUGCUUCCAAAGCCUUACAGCGUGGGAAACACCGUAUAUGAAUACAGUGUACAGGCCUACAAUAUUCUACGAGACGGUAGAAUCAUCUUUUCUACCCUAAAGGGUACCUUUGUAUUGGACCCUGAUGCCGGACAAGUUAGGCCUCUCAUCCAGAACCCUGUCCUGCGACACGGCGCCUACAACGCUGACCCCAACUCCGACUGGGUUAUCGCCAUUGAAGAGGAUCAUACGAUUGAUGAGCCUGACCACAUUAAGAACUAUCUCGUGGCUAUCAACACUAAAACAUCCGAAAUUAAGAGGAUUGUAUCAGGAGCAGACUUUUACUACAAUCCUUCCUUCAGCGCCGACGGAUCGAAAGUGUCAUGGAUGCAAUGGGAUCGCCCGCAGAUGAUGUUUGAACACAGUGAAAUCUACUAUGCUGCAUGGAACAAGGACGCUUCUGUCAGUGACAUCAGAUUUGUCACCGGCAAGAACGAAGAAAGCGCUGCAGAGCCUCGCUGGGCAUCUGACGGAUCCCUAUUCUUCGCACAAGAAGUCAAUGGAUACAGACAGUUGUUCAGGAUACCAGCGGGUAGCGAUAAGGUGGAACAUAUUGCACUCAAAGGACUUGAAAAGGCAGACCUGGGUGAAGUCAUGCUGAUGGAAGGAAGUGCAACAUAUGAGAUCUUAUCAGAACGCCAUGUCAUCGCGAAAGCUCAUAUGCUUGCUGUUUCGAAGUUGGUUGUUAUCGAUCUACAGACGUCUCAGUGGCGACAGGUCGGCCAAGAAUUUGACCUGUCUCAUGUUUACUCCAGCGCUAUUGCACGACUUGACGACUCGACCGCUAUAGUCAUCGGAUCAACGCCCGCAACAUCGCGCUCGGUGUAUAAAAUUGACAUCACCGAUUCUACGCGCAGCACAAUGCUUCGCUCAGCUUCUGAUGAUCCUCUUGCAGAGAAGUGGAUUUCUACUGGAAAGCCCAUCUGCUGCAAAUCUAAAAGCUCGCCAAGUCGGGACAUUCAUGGAUUUUUAUUCAUGCCAAAGAACCCAAACUUUGCAGCCCCAGAUGGAGAGCUACCGCCCCUCAUCAUCGAUGCACACGGAGGUCCAACUGGUAUCCACGGAAAUGGACUACUUGCUACAACGCAGUACUUCACAUCGCGAGGCUAUGCUAUGCUUCUCUUGAACUACUCGGGCUCCAUUGGCUUUGGUGGAGAAUACCGAAGGCGUUUGCUCGGAAACUGGGGCCCGCUUGAUGCCAGCGAUGCUGUAGAAUUCGCUGAGUUGCUGGUUGAUGCUGGUAAGAUCCGCAAGGGUAGUGUUGGCAUCACUGGCCACAGUGCUGGUGGCUUCAACACUCUACAGUGCAUCACCCGUCACCCGAAGGCGUUUGCAGGUGCAGUUUGUGCUGCGGGAGUCAGUGAAUUGGUUACCUUUGAGUCCCAGACGCACAAGCUCGAAGCCGACUACACUAGGCACCUGAUAAUAGCCAAAGGAACAUCUGAGAAGGAGAUUCCAGAGUUGUAUCGCAGCCGAAGCGCGCAAUACUUCGCUGAUGAAAUCGUUGCACCCCUUCUUCUUAUCCAUGGCAUUGAGGAUACCGUGGUGCCAAUCAGCCAGGCCAGUGGUAUCUAUGAAACUUUAAAGGCUAAGGGCAACGAUGUUGAGCUCAUUGCUCUUGAAGGCGAGGAUCAUAUGUUGUCCGCCCCUACAACCAGGAAGGCAUGGAUCGAGGCAGCUGAACGCUGGUGGCGUAAGACGCUUUUGAAGCAGUAA